AGCUUUGUUUUUAUUUGGAUCUGAGGUUUGAGAAAUCUGCCGAAUCAUCAUCAUGAGUUUCCAUAGCUUUUACCAGAGAGCUUUUAGCUUGUUCAAGGCUUACCCUUCUGCUUCCAAGCUUCUUGUUUUCAGCUCUUUCAGUGGUGGUGGUGUACUGGUGUAUUCAGACUCGAAUCCAUUGAAACGUGUACUACACGCAGACGCUACUCUUGACUCAGAUGGCCAACCAAUAAGGAAGAAGAAGGUGGUCGUUCUUGGCAGUGGUUGGAGUGGCUACAGCUUCUUGAAUUACUUGAACAACCCUAACUAUGAUGUUCAAGUUGUCUCUCCUCGUAACUUUUUCCUCUUCACUCCUCUCUUGCCAAGUGUUACCAAUGGUACUGUCGAAGCCCGUAGCAUUGUUGAACCCAUUCGUGGUCUUAUGCGCAAGAAAGGAUUUGAGUACAAAGAAGCAGAGUGUGUGAAGAUUGAUGCAUCGAACAAGAAACUCCACUGCCGGUCCAAGGAAGGGUCAAGUCUUAAGGGCACAACAGAGUUUGACAUGGAUUAUGACAUUCUAGUCAUAGCUGUUGGAGCUAAGCCUAACACAUUCAACACCCCUGGAGUUGAGGAACAUGCCUAUUUCCUUAAAGAAGCAGAGGAUGCUCUAAACAUCCGUCAUUCGGUCAUCGACUGUUUCGAGAGAGCCUCUCUUCCUAAUCUAACUGAAGAAGAGAGGAAAAAGAUUCUGCAUUUCGUUGUGGUUGGUGGAGGACCAACUGGGGUCGAGUUCUCAGCAGAGCUUCAUGAUUUCUUAGUCCAGGAUGUGGCUAAGAUUUACCCAAAGGUCCAAGAGUUCACAAGGAUCACUCUUCUUGAAGCAGGCGACCACAUCCUCAACAUGUUUGACAAGAGAAUCACUGCUUUUGCUGAGGAAAAGUUCCAGAGAGACGGUAUUGAUUUGAAGACAGGAUCAAUGGUUGUAGGAGUGACUGCUGAUGAGAUAUCCACAAAGGAAAGAGAAACUGGCAAAAUUGUCUCUGAACCUUAUGGUAUGGUUGUGUGGUCAACAGGAAUUGGUUCACGUCCUGUCAUCAGAGACUUUAUGCAGCAGAUUGGUCAGGGGCAGAGGCGUGUCUUAGCUACUGACGAAUGGCUUAGAGUGGAGGGAUGUGAGGAUGUCUAUGCUUUAGGCGACACUGCAACGAUCAACCAACGCAGAGUCAUGGAAGAUAUAGCUGCGAUUUUCAGCAAAGCCGACAAGGGAAAGACGGGAACUUUGAACAAGAAAGAUUUCAAUGGUGUGGUGAAAGACAUUUGCCAGAGGUACCCUCAAGUGGAGCUCUACUUGAAGAAGAAUAAACUGAAGAACAUUGCACACUUGCUCAAGAGUGCAAAUGGUGAGGACACACAAGUAAACAUCGAAAAUUUUAAGCAAGCUCUCUCUGACGUUGAUUCACAGAUGAAGAACCUUCCAGCAACUGCACAGGUUGCAUCGCAACAAGGGAAGUACCUUGCAAAGUGCUUCAACAAAAUGGAGAAAUGUGAGAAGAAGCCAGAGGGACCAUUGAGGUUCAGAGGAGAGGGUCGACAUCGGUUCCAACCAUUCAGAUACAGACAUUUUGGAUCGUUUGCUCCGCUGGGAGGGGAACAGACAGCAGCAGAACUGCCAGGAGAUUGGGUCUCCAUUGGACACAGCAGCCAGUGGCUCUGGUACUCUGUCUACGCCAGCAAACUUAACGGCUCUGUGAUCGGAACCGCCGUAAACAUCAAUUCAACUAUGCCCUCUGGUUGCAGUAUCAGAGCUCUCUGGAUCAUCAACAAUCAAGACGCUGUUGUUUUCUCCAGGAGGUUUCCGGUCGUCGAGAAGCAAUGGUGCUCCGCUUACAAGACGGAGAACGAAAACACUGGCUUAGAUCUUCCUAGACUUCCCACUGAUCAACAAAUAUCCAAUGCUUUUACUCGAAGAAAGAGACGGGAAGGCUCUACUCGUGGAUAUGGUAUACGUGUAGCUCAAUCCACCAAAGGAUCGGAUUCUUGGGUUGAUGAUCCCAUCACUCGUCAUAUUAUCAGCCUUUGCUUAAGCGAAGAAGAUGAUGAUGAUGAAUCUGAUAAAAACGAGAGGAACAUUCUCUGGCCUAUUGCCCUGCACACUAAAGCCCUUUACUCUAUCCUCGUCUUGCCUUUGGUUGAGCCAAAGGAGAUGAAGGAUUACGUCAAGUUAUGUAGGAGAUCUGAUUGUGGACCAGCUGUUGGUGAAGAUUUGAGUUUGUCAUCUCUCUUGCUUAACAUUUCAUCCAUUACAGGGGCUUUCAUGGUGGCUCAUGCAUUUGGUGACAUCGUUUCUGGUGAUACUGUGGAACCUGAGGUUGUUAUAAGUGCGUCUCCAUCAGUUGGUGGGUUGUUUGAUUCAAUAACUGGAAGCAUUGGUAUCUCAUCGAGGGCAAAACCCGUAGCUGCACCGCUUUCAUCUUCUUCACCGUCUGGAGCUGCAACAACAGGAGCUACAGCAUCGGAUGCUCCCAAAGCAGGGUCGAGGUUACUGGAUAGAGAUUUACUUAGAAAUUUUAUCGCUACUGCUAUGCCGUUUGGUACCCCAUUAGACCUCAGCUUGUCUAAUAUAUUUGCUAUGAAAGCGAAUGGCUUUUCCUCUGCUGAUCCUCCUCCCCAAGAACUUAAGCAACCAGCAUGGAAGCCAUACCUGUACAAAGGAAAGCAAAGGCUAUUGUUCACAAUUCAUGAGACGGUUAACGCUGCAAUGUACGACCGCGAUGAGAUUCCUGAUAAUGUAUCUGUUGCGGGACAGAUAAACUGUCGGGCAGAGCUAGAAGGGCUGCCUGAUGUAUCGUUUCCUCUAGCAGGGCUGAGUACAGCCCACAUCGAAGCUAUAUCUUUCCAUCCAUGUGCCCAAGUUCCAGCACAUGGGAUCGACAAGCAGAACAUUGUUUUCCAGCCUCCCUUGGGUAACUUUGUUCUCAUGCGAUACCAGGCAGGUUGUGGACUCGGACCACCAGUGAAAGGGUUCUAUCAGCUGUCAAUGGUUUCAGAAGACGAGGGUGCAUUCCUCUUCAAGGUGCACCUCAUGGAAGGUUACAAGGCUCCUCUGUCAAUGGAAUUCUGCACUAUUACUAUGCCCUUUCCACGGAGACGGAUAGUGGCAUUUGAUGGGACUCCAUCAGCUGGGACUGUUUUAACCACAGAGCACUCUGUUGAGUGGAGGAUUCUGGGAAGCGGGCGUAGUCUUUCUGGGAAAAGCCUUGAGGCUACUUUCCCCGGGACAAUCAAGUUUAGUCCAUUGCAGAGCAGGAGAAGAGGGGAUGGGGAUGAUGAAGAGAGUGAGGAUGAGAGCGCUGAGAAUGUGGUGAAUGUGGAGGACUUCUUGGUGCAGAAAAUGAACAAGGAUCUCCCAGCAGUUGAGUUGGAGGAACCAUUCUGUUGGCAAGCCUAUGAUUAUGCCAAGGUCUCGCUCAAAAUUGUCGGGGCAUCUGUAUCUCGAAUGUCAAUCGACACAAAAUCAGUCAAUAUCUACCCAACCACAAAGUCACCGGUUGAGUUUUCUGCUCAGGUGACUUCAGGGGAUUAUAUAUUGUGGAACACAUUGGGGAAGGCUCCAUCAGCAGCCAUCGUGUAAUUCCCCCAAGUCUCGACCUCACUGGUAUUAUUAUUUUCCCAUCCCAAGGAAGUGAUUUUGAAUGUUUGAGUUUGAAAGCAUUAAACUUAUGAGCAUUUUUGUGGCGGAAGUGUGUAUCUGUACAUUAUUGUUGUUUAUUCAGAAAUAAAGAAGAUGAAUGUUUUUAGUUGCAAGUCUGUCUCGCAUGGAACAUGUGACAAUAAAACUCAUAAGGUGGU